AUGGCGGAAUCCGACUCGACCCGGCCUGGUACCAGCAGCUGGACUGGAAAUUUUGAUGAUCUCCCUACGGACGUCCUACUCGCAAUUAUCACGAGCCUGACCAGCCUGGCAGACAUCGAGAAUGUCUUGCGAGCCUCUCGUGCCGCUUCCAGGGCUUAUCGCGAAUUCCAACCUUGGAUUAUGAAGAAGGCUUGCAGUAACUAUGUCGACCCGUCCAACGCGGACGUAGCGUUCAUCACGCUGGCCAUGCUACGCAUCCACCCGUCCGAGGUGGGCCGCACAAUAGAUUUGUUUUCCGGAAUAUCGGACGCUCCGUGGGUAGUCGCCGAGCAGCUUCUUAAUCGAACGACGCUGCAGGUCGAGUUCCUCAGGCUGGCGGACCACGUCAACCACCUCGCCGAUGUAUACGCGAGGGUCCCGAACCCGGAGUGGUUCUGGAGGCGACUCGCUCUCAGAUUCAACAGCUGCUGGCCUAACCAGAAGGACCUGCCCCCCAGACGGUUCACCCAAGAGCAGGUCGCCGUCCGGACAGAGGUAGCCGCGCAGGUGUGGCACAUCAUGGAGGGCGUCCGACCGGCGGCCGACGGCUCCCUAGAGGCCCUUCCCGAAGCCAGCCACUCCAAGGAAAUGCUUCAGCUCAUACAACGCUCCUUCUGGACUCGGGAAAUGUCCGUCCGUGGCAGCCUCAUUUGCGGUCGGCUCCAGGCGCGGCAGGAGCCCGUGCCGGACAUGGGAAAUUGGUUCCCCGAUGAAGCUAUCAGCGGCGGCGUGAACCGCUUCCUGCGACUGCUGACGGAUGUGGUCCGGCACAUCGCCGACGUCAACUCGGGUAACGACCUGACGCUCAUUCAGCCGUACGCGCGUCCGAACUUAUGGGACAACAGCUGGAUGCUCGGCACCCGGCAUUGGGCGAGCAUGUCGCGGUGGCCACGGCAUUCUAUCACGACAGCCAAGAUCGAGGAUGUGACCCGCAGCUGCCACGAGGCCUUGGAGCAGUAUAUCGACGAUGCUGACGGAGCGCCGUGGUACUUUCACUGCCGGAACAUGGCCACUCUGUUCGUCAGGCGCCUCGCGGACGGCAGGAUGAAGCUGCCGCUGGAAGACAUGCGCGACGUGUUCUUCAUGCCGGUUGUCUACAACGGACUGGUGCUGGACGUCGAGGACUGGCGCCAACUUGGAGGGGGCUCGGCAGAGUAG